UGUUUACAUUUUGUGAGCAUUGCUCAUUGCCAUUCAAAAACAAAGCCGCCAAUACAGCGAUUCAUACAUCGAGACAGUUGACCGACGGAAAUUUUGAAGCCGACGUCGAAGCCAGAGCAGCGCGUAUUCGGAUCGCGUCUGUAUGUCCAUGUCCGUGUGUACGUGUGUUGUCAGAUUAGCGAGUGGAGAAAGUGUAGCAGUGCGAAUGGUGCGUUAUCGGCUUGUAAUGGCGACCGUCAGAAAAUUAUAAUGUACAGUGUUUCAGUGUACGAAAUGCAAUAAGAAGAAGAAGAAGUAGAAUAUAAGCACAAAAAGAAAAAUAUUAAAAUUGAAGUGAAGUUAAAGUAAAGUAAAGCACAGCUAAAGAAGUGCACACAGAGAGUGAGCGAUCGAGCCAAAUGGACGGCUGAAAAAUAAAAAUUCAAAUAGAGAAAAUCUCCCGAAUUAAUAUAUAGAUCUAUAUAUGUAUAUACGUAUGUAUACGUACGUAUAUAUUUUUAAAUAAUAUUUUAGCGUUGUGUUUGAUUUUAAUUUUGGCACAAUUGACUUGGUUUCGUGCAGAGAGUAACAGAACACAAUUGAACGGCACCGAAGGAAAGAGGAGAGACAGAGAGAAUAGAUUAAAAAAAAUAAAUAAAAAGUUUUGACAGCAAAUUGUUGGUGUUGUGUGUGAUAUGUUGCAAUGGAAGGAUCAGUGCUCAAGUGGAAAAGAGUGCUUAAUCCAACAGGACCACAGCCAAGACCCCGUCAUGGUCAUCGUGCCGUUGCGAUCAAAGAAUUGAUGGUCGUUUUUGGUGGUGGAAAUGAGGGAAUUGUGGAUGAGCUUCAUGUUUACAAUACGGCCACAAACCAAUGGUGCGUGCCAGCUACGAAAGGCGAGGUGCCACCGGGAUGUGCAGCGUACGGUUUUGUCGUAGAUGGAACACGGAUUUAUGUGUUUGGUGGCAUGGUUGAAUAUGGAAAAUAUUCAAAUGAACUGUAUGAAUUGCAAGCAACCAAGUGGGAAUGGAGAAAACUAUCGCCGAAACCACCGGAGAACGGCCCGCCGCCAUGCCCUCGUCUAGGUCAUAGUUUCACAAAAGUUGGCAACAAAAUCUACCUAUUCGGCGGUUUGGCCAACGAAAGUGAUGAUCCAAAAAAUAAUAUUCCAAGAUAUCUCAAUGACCUGUAUACUUUGGAGAUCGUUGGCAAUCAGCAAAUGUGGGAUUUGCCAACAACAUAUGGAGAUCAACCGCCCCCGCGUGAAUCGCACACUGGCGUUGCAUAUACAUGCAAGAAAACGGGCAAAUCUAGCCUGGUCAUUUAUGGCGGCAUGAGUGGAUGUCGUCUGGGUGAUUUGUGGCUCCUGGAUACCGAAACAAUGAUGUGGACAAGACCAAUCACAAAUGGACCAACACCAUUACCUCGAUCUUUGCACAGUUCAACUUUGAUCGGGCAUCGAAUGUUCGUGUUUGGCGGAUGGGUUCCGUUGGUCGUCGACGAAGUGAAACUAGCUCAACACGAAAAAGAAUGGAAAUGCACCAACACACUCGCUUGUUUGGAUUUAGAAAACAUGCGAUGGCAAGAGCUCAUAAUGGAAACCAACGAUGAUGAUUCACCUCGUGCUCGGGCUGGUCAUUGUGCUGUCGGAAUUCAUACACGUUUGUACGUGUGGUCGGGUCGUGAUGGUUAUCGUAAAGCCUGGAACAACCAGGUUUGCUGUAAAGAUUUAUGGUAUUUGGAGGUAGAAGUGCCACCGACUGCAUCUCGCGUCUCCUUGGUUCGUGCAUCGACAACGACACUUGAAGUUUGCUGGAGUGCAACUCCAACGGCUCAAGCCUAUCUACUUGAGGUGCAGAAAAUUGAACAGCCACCGCAGCCACAACCAGUUCCAGUCACCAUUACAAAGAAACAACACCAACCGGUAUCAGCUAUACCAGUUAGCGUCAAUGAAGGACAUGUUCUUUCAUCGCCAAAGACUCCAAUCCGUGCUGUACAAGGCACUGCAACGCCUAUUUCGUAUGUUAGUGCAUCGCAAUCAAUUCUAUCGCCGAAUUCAGUUGCUACGUCGAUUAACAAUCAACAAGGACAAAUCAUCAUUACAACAUCGGCACCGAUACCAACAUUGGUAUCAACAACGAUCGCUCAACCGAAGACACAGCAAUUCAAGAAUAUUGUUUCAAGUGUGGCCGUUCAACAACCCACUCAAAUUCAACAACAGCAAGGCGUUCGUAUCGUCAAUGCGCCAACAUCAAACGUUCGCGUUUUAUCUAGUGGUCAAACAGUUCGCAUCGCAUCAUCUCAACCGAACACAGCACAUGUUGGUUCACCCAUCAGCACCACCAUUUUGCGACAACAACCGACUGUUCUUAACUCAACAUCAUCGCCUAUUGUAUCUGCUGGCACUGUUUUGACAGCUGGAAGCACGGGCGCAACGACAAUUGGCGGCAAACAGAUUCUGCUACAGAAGCCAAUCAGUUUGUCGGGCCAGAAUGUACUGCAAUUAGUUAAAACUAGUCAAGGAAUGGCGGUACAAUCUCUACCAAAAGUCAAUGUCAUGCAAAAAGCCGGCACAUCAAUAAACACUGCAAAUAUUCAACAGCAAAUCAUGAGUGGCGCUCAAAUUGUAACUGCUGGCGGUGCAGCGAACCAAGGUGCAAAAACGGCAUUGAUCGGUACAAAUGUCGUGAAAUUGAUGUCGCCCACAUCUGUAGGCGGCAAUAAAAUUCAGAUCGUGAGUGGUGCUCAAAUCGUCAAAACUAGCGGGGCAACCAAUCAAGUUCAAGUUGGCAAAGUCGGAGCAGGUGCUGGCAAACCAGCGUUUGUCAUCACAAACAAACAGGGACAACCAAUUCGAACAAAUCAGCAGAUAAUAUUUGUGACAACAGCAAGCGGUAUUCGAACAGUGCAAACUGGUUCAAUAGUCACCUCAUCGACGAACAACUUUGUGUCGUUGGUUUCAUCGCCACAUGUGAAUACAAUAACAUCGGCCAUGGCCAGUGGUACAAAUUCGGUGCAAACGGCACCGGGCACAGUGAAGAUGAUCCGUGGCGUUGGACAACAGGGCAAGCCGAUCACGUUUACCUUGCCGGUUGGCAAUUUGCAAGGGAAUAAAACCGGUUCGCCUCAAUUGAUAUCGAUGCAACAAAAGGGUUUGACGAUUGGCGGAAAGGCGGUCACAGUACAACUGGCUCCGGGUAAUCAGAAAACGGUUACCAUUGUCUCAUCAGCCAGUGGCGGUAUACAGAAAACAAUUAACGCAGCCGAUCUCCAGGCGGGAGGUCAUAAAAUCGUUAUGAUGCCAUCGAAGCGCGUAGCAAAUGUUAUCACAACUCAAAAAGCAAUUCCGAUGUCAGUCACGCAAAUGGCUGAUACUGGAAAUGACCAAGGCGAUAAUAACCUUAUCGAGGGUAGUCAUUUAGAAGUGCUUGAACAAUUGGAUGGUGCCUUUGACGUGGACAGCGACGAUGAUGAAUCAAACCGAACAGCCUCUGCCAUGGAGACCGAUUCAGAUACGGAUUCGGAUUCGAGCUCGAAUUUGGAGGAUGGCACUGAUCGACCACCACAUGCUAAAUAUCAACACAAGAAACGAAACAGUCGCAAAAUGUGCAUAGCUAGGUCUGGUGUGUUGAAAUCGUAUCAAAAUUUACUGGACAAUCGUGCGCUUAAAAAAAUUGUACCAAAAUAUGUGAAAAUGGGCUUGUUCGGCGGUUCACCAUACGGUGCCGAUCCGAUCGAACAACCCGAAAGCACAACGGAACAGGAGACGGACGGUGCGCAAAACGAAGCCAAUGCAAGCAUUGAAGACCAUGAAUCAGGAGAUGCACACGUUGAUACCUCAGUUACAGACGCCGAUGGAAAUAUUGUACAGCAAAGCACCGACGAUGAAGCGACUGCCGACGAACAGAAAAAUAAUGCGGUCACAACAAGCGAUGCCGAUUAUUUGAACACAAGCGGUGAUACAAACACAGGUGAAGAAUAUAUAAAUAAUGAAGCUGAGCAAAAACCUCAAACAGAAGGUGGAAAUCGUCAUGCAGAACCAACGCCAUCCGAUACCGAAGCAGCCAAUAUUUUGACAACAAUUAAAAGUGGCGAUCUACUGCGAAAUAAUGAUGUCAAACCAGAGAGUUCUGUCACAACAACGAUCACAAUGACCUCAUUGGCAUCACCAACAUCGGCUGCAGGCCAAAGCGUGCAGGAAAACGUAAAAAUUCUAUUCAGCAGUGAACCAGUUAAAACGACCACUGGAAAUGUUGCAAUAAAAACCGUACAAAAAUCAACAGCUGGUGCUGUUACAUAUGCAAAUUCAAACACCGGAGAUUUAGAUGCACUUGCUUCCGCUGCAUUGCAGGCCUCAUCAGGAAAUGACCGAGCGGUAAAUAAAAUUGGCAACAACAAAAAUCGACUGAAUUCAAUAGGCAACGAAUCAGUUGGUGACGAUAAGACGAAUUCUGACAAUGGAAAUAAAUGGCAUACGGUUGGUAUUUUCAAAGACUUAACACAAACAAUUACCGGUUACAUAGAUCACAAUGAGUGGAAUAGUUCAAUGUUGAGUGGCAUAUUAACAUCCGAAAGCAUCCCCGAACUAUCGGCUUUCAAACGGAUUGCUCUCGAGCCAGGCACACCAUACCGAUUCCGAUUGGCCGCUCUCAACGGAUGCGGUCUAGGUGAAUUUGGCGAAUGUUCAUCAUUCAAAACAUGUCUUCCUGGUUUUCCGGGUGCACCAUCAGCGAUAAAAAUAUCGAAAUCACCGGAGGGUGCACAUUUGUCAUGGGAACCACCGCCAUCGAUUCAGGGUGAAAUUUUCGAAUAUUCCGUGUAUUUAGCGGUGAAAUCGCCAAACAAAGAAAAAUCACCACCAACCCAAUUAGCAUUUGUUCGUGUGUACUGCGGACCAAACAACCAGUGUACAGUACCAAAUACAUCGUUGGCAACAUCACACGUUGACUACACAUCGAAGCCAGCUAUAAUAUUCCGCAUUGCAGCUCGAAACGAUAAAGGUUACGGACCAGCCACACAAGUCAGGUGGCUACAAGAUCCACAAAGCGGCAAAACUUCCUCAUCAACACCAGCAACAUCAACACCGAACGCAGCCGCGAAACGAGGUCUCGACAAAACGCAUACACCAAGUCCAAUAAAACGAGCCAAAACGACAGUCGGUAAAAAGCAUGUUCUUCACGAAUGAAUGAACGGGGGCAAUCAGUUUUGCAGCGAAUUGACAUACACGCAGAUACAUUUGCACAUUAACUGACGCUAAAAACUAGAAAUGAAAAUAAUAAACAAAAAAAAACAAACACACACACACACACACACACGAGAGACAUUAUAUACCAUUGUUGUAUAGAUAUAAUUUGAGGAGAAAAUCAAAUCAUUUGAUAAUAAUAACAUUGUUUAGAAUAAAAAGAAACAAGAGACAAAUUUAAUGUAAAGCGAACACCAUACGGGAGAACAGAAGAAUUCUAUCCAAUGAAGGAUAAAGAGCGUAAUUUUUAUUUGAACGAAAUCAGCUGAAAAAUGGCAAAUUCGAUUUAAACAAAAUGUAUCAAGCUAAAUGAAGAACAGAAAAUGAGAUGAGUGAAAGUGACAUUUGUAGGAAUCGCAUGUAAGGAUACGAUAAAACUUUUUCAGCCACAAAUGAAUUUCUGUUCUUUUUUCAUAUUUCUUUUUUUUUGGACAUUUAACUGUAGAUGUUAAUGGAGUGAACGAAAAACACAUGAAUAUAAAACAAAAACGUAUGAGGUUUAAAUAUAAUUAAAACAGUGGAAAAUAAUACAUACAAAAUUUGCAUAAGUCUAUCUAAUCUUAAAGAAUAUGAACAUUGUACAUUUUUUUCGAAUAUCAAAAACAAACAAAAAAUAAUAGGCAAUGAAAAAUUUAAUUAUUUUUUUUAAAAAUAGAAAAUAUUUACACAUACAAAGAGAGAACACACACACACACACACACACACACACAUACACAAAAGAACACAUCAGUUUUAUUCGCACAUUUAUAUAGCUAAAUGAGCGGCGUCAUGAAAUCGAAGCACUUUCAAUUCAAGCACUGAACGCUCGAUGUGUGUUGCGGGCGUGCACAUAUUCAGACGAUAUACCGUAUUUUAUGUGACUAAAAAUGCAUAGCCUAGAAUUGCCUCAGCGGAACGAUUUGUUUUUCUCUUCUCUAUUAUGUUUUCUUUUUCUGUAACGAUUUCAGAAAUGCGCUCGCUAGAAAUUAAAAUAAAACACACACAUACAUACACACAAACACA